CUUCAUCAAACCUUCAUCGAACCUUCAUCGAACCGUCAUCGAACCACAGCGGCAUUUCCGUUCCGUACGAAACCGUGCCGACAGCCAAGAUGGGAAUCCGCGGACUGAGACGUCGGUCUAUCGAGCUACUGUCCUUCCUCCUUUGCUUCGGAAUCACUUUGCUGCAUGGCAAGCCCAGUGCGCUCCCUCCAAUUCCGACGGAAGAAGAAUUUGACUCUCCUAUCUCCAAUACGACGGAUGCGGAACAAGAAAAUGCGAAGUCCAAUGCGACGCGGAACCUUUGCACCGCAACGACCAAGACCAAAAAGGACAUUUCGCUCUGCCUCCAGUACCUGAGCACCAAUCUCCAGGAACUGUCCAGCCGCUUCAACCAAUUCGUGGAGGGCACGAACUUCCACGACUCGGAACGAGUUUUCGUCUACGACUGGCGAGUUCCGUUGGAGACCAUGGAGAAUUACGCGCUCGGGGAAGAACUGAUCUCGGAGCGAUUCUACAUCGCGCCGGGCGGAUAUAGGAUGUUCCUGAGCACGUUCCCCGCCGGAGACGCGAACGCGGACGAUUCGUACCUCAAGUACGUGAACGUGUUCGCCGGCGUGGCCCGCGGCGUCCACGACGACCUCCUCGCCUGGCCCUUCGUCCUCAAGUUCCAGCUGAUCCUGGUGGACCAGACGGACGCGAGCCCCGUGGACGCGGACGUCGGGAUCGAUCCCCGCCGCAUCUGCCUCGACGAGAACGGCGACAUCGGCGACACCUUCACCAAGCCUGUGACCCCGUUCAACGACGGCAACGGAUGCGGGACGAGGACCCUCAUCGAAAGGGAGGAGAUCUUCACCCGGCAUUACAUCAAGGACAAGCAUCUCGUCUUUCGACUCAAAGUCUUCCUGCCGUAG